AUGGUCGCUCAGGGAGCAGCUCAGGGCGGCGGGUGGACUAGCUCAGAUGAUGAGCCACGCAGACGCCCAAAAUACUACGAGGCUCGCCCUAGAGCUCACCCCAAAGAGAAGGGACGUACCUCCAACCACAAGAAGCACUACUCCAGUGACAGUGAAGAACAAGAAGACCACCAUCAUGAUCAUGAUCACAGUAAUGCUGACGAUGCUAACAAAGGCUCGGAGACCUUCUCCUCCGUGGACCCCGUUCCCUUUGACGACUAUGUCACCGAAAGUACUAUGUCUGUCGUGGCUUGCCACGCCGAAGGUGAGUCGUGCGACGUCGUCAUCGGUGGCAUUCCUGAUAUCCCAGGCGAGUCAAUGUACUAUAAACAGCUCGAAUUUAUGAGUCAGCAUGAGUGGCGCCGAGAGCUGCUGUUGAAUGAGCCGAGGGGCCAUUGUGGUCAGAACGCGGUCUUUAUACUGCCACCAUGCAACCCCCGCGCCGUACGUGGGUUGAUAUUCGCCAAAAACGAUGAUUAUGUCCCCAUUUCAAUUUCAAGUCUCAUGGCCGCGGCGCAAGUGACCGUGAAUGGACCGGGUGCCGAGAGUCAAAAAUUGCCUGCUUCCCCCAUGAAAUUGUCCUUUGACACCCCGGCUGGGCUCAUCAAUGUCGAUGUGAGACUGAAAGCCCAAAAGCGAUCCGGGGUGUCAAUGUGUGAGUCUGUCACUGUUCACGGUCUCUCUUCCUUUGUAAUGGCACUGGAUUUCGAACUCGAUCUGUAUGGGCUAGGUAUACUUUCCGUGGAUAUUGCUUACGGGGGUACGAUCUGUGCCUUUGUCGAUGCUGCGUCGGUAGGGGUCAGUGUUCAGGAUGGGAAUGGCCAAAACAUGAUUGAGAUCGGGGAGCGCAUCAAGAAUGCUCUCCAUGAGCUAUAUGAGGGCGCUCAUCCCUUCGAGCCUACCAUGGACCGCGUUAAUACCGUUGUUUUCACAGAUCCCAUAGGCUGUGAAGACGGAGACGCUCGCAAGAAGACACACAUGGCGGCUGUCGUCUCCCCCGGUCGCCUUGAUCGUAGUCCAUCAGGCACGGCGGUCUGUGCCCGCCUGGCGAUCCUGCAUGCCCGAGGGGAGAUUUCCAGGGACACACUAACCUGCCAGAGUAUCAUCGGCACCAAGUUUUACGGUCGCGUUCGAGGAACGACCACCGUCGACAAGUAUCCUGCGAUUUUGCCAAGUGUGAUGGGCCGCGCCUGGAUUCAUAGUCUCAAGCAGGUCGGCAUGAGUCCUGCAGAUCCCUUCCCCGAUGGCUUCCGCAAUGCUGACCAGUGGGGGCCAGAUGAUGAUAAAAAGAAGAACAUGAAGAUCUAUAAGCCGCGUGAUCUGGACCUACCAGAAGGCUGGUAG